AUGUCUUCGGCGGCUCCGCUACUCGGCUCCCGCGCAGCCGACGACGGCCACCAGGAGCGGCGGCGGUGCUCGUCGUGGCUCGGCCGCGUGGUGGACACGGAGGAGGCGUGGGCGCAGCUGCGCUUCUCGGGUCCGAUGAUCCUCAUGAACAUUUUCUACUACGGCAUCCCGCUGGUGUCCGUGAUGUUCUCCGGCCACCUCGGCGACGUCCAGCUCGCCGGCGCCACGCUCGGCAACUCCUGGGUCACCGUCACCGGCUACGCCUUCGUCAUCGGCCUGAGCGGCGGCCUGGAGACGCUGUGCGGGCAGGCCUACGGCGCCGGGCUGUACCGCCGGCUGGGCCUGUACCUGCAGUCGUCGCUCAUCAUGGCGGCGGCGGCGGCGGCGCUCGUCUCCGUGCUGUGGGUGUUCACGGAGCCGGUGCUGCUGCUCCUGCGGCAGGAGCCCCGGGUGUCCCGCGCUGCGGCCGGGUUCGUCCGCGCCCAGAUCCCCGGGCUCUUCGCCUACGCCUUCCUGCAGUGCUUGCUCCGGUACCUGCAGAUGCAGUCCGUCGUCCUGCCGCUCGUCGCCUUCUCCGCCGCCUCGUUCGCGCUCCACGUCGCGCUGGCGUACCUGCUCGUGGGCGUGCUCGGCCUCGGCAUCGCCGGCGCGUCCGCCGCCGUCUCCGUCACCUUCUGGGCCGCCUGCAUCAUGCUGCUUGCCUACGUGCUGCGGUCCGAGGCCGUCAGCGAGACGUGGAAGGGCUUCUCCGCCGAGGCGUUCCGAUACGUGCUGCCCACCGUGAAGCUCGCCGCGCCGUCAGCCGUCAUGGUCUGCUUUGAGUACUGGGCGUUUGAGCUACUGGUCCUGGUCGCCGGAUUGCUCCCCAAUUCUACAGUGAGCACAUCGCUGAUCGCCAUCUGCACUAGCACGCAGGCCAUCGCCUACAUGAUCACGUACGGGUUCAGUGCUGCUGUCAGCACCCGGGUGUCGAACGAAAUCGGCGCCGGGAACGUGGACAAGGCCAAGAACGCGGUGUCGGUGACGAUGAAGCUGUCGGUGCUCCUCGCCAUCUCCUUCGUCCUGUUCCUGGCGUUCGGCCACGACCUGUGGGCGAGCCUCUACAGCGGGAGCGCGGUGAUCGUGUCGGAGUUCGCCGCCAUCGCGCCGCUCCUGACAGUAUCCAUCGUGCUGGACUCGGCGCAGGGCGUCCUGUCAGGCGUGUCGAGGGGCUGCGGGUGGCAGCAUCUCGCGGCGCUCACCAACCUGGUGGCUUUCUACUUCGUCGGCAUGCCCCUGGCGAUCUUCCUCGCAUUCAAGCUCAAGUUCUACACCAAGGGUCUGUGGGCUGGUCUGAGCUGCGGGCUGUUGUGCCAGGCCUGCUCGCUGCUGGUGAUCACCGUCCGCACCAAGUGGUCCAAGAUCGCGGAGGCGAUGCAGCACGAGAAGGCCAACUUCGGGGUCGCAUAGAAGAUCGCUGCUCGAGACGCCGUUCCCCAUCUUUACAGGAUCGUCUGCUGAGAGGAUGCCACGCCCACUGUUUUUUGUCUCUCCCUUUUUUUGGAAACGGGGCGUGAGCUUAAUUUUGUUCCGUCCAGCUCGGCCUUGCGUUGCACCGUUGGCCUUCCAUUUAUCCAUUCGUUGUAUUUUGUUUCCACUAGCGUU